AUGGCGACCCUCGAAAUCUCCAACGCCCAGGUCGACAGACCGCCCGCACCCGCCUCCGCUUGCUCUACCAAGACUCUUGCUGAAGCCGGGUCCCCUGUCCUCGGCAAAAGUCAUACCUUCACUCACUCAAAUGACCCUCAUGAUACGCGUGAUGUGCCCUCAGAUGCUGUCAGCAAGGAAAAUGGUAACGAAGAGCUUGCUGCCAAAGCUGGCAAGUCUGUCAAGAUCCCGCAGGGUCGCAAGUGGUUCCUUCUGUUCUUGUUUAGUAUGGCUCAGUAUCUAGACUUGUCCCUCUACUCUGCAGCCAUGGUGUUCACCGACGUCGUGACGAACGAGCUUGGUAUCAUCUACGAGUCAUCCACUUGGGUUGUUACUGCCUACGUUGUCACUUUCUCUUCCUUCCUCCUCUUCUGGGGCCGUGUUGCGGAUCUCUACUCUCCCCAAGUAGUCUUUUCCUACGGAUUCCUUUUCCUUGGAGUGUUCAGUCUCAUCCUUUCGUUCAUGCCCAAUCAGUAUGGCUUCUUCGUCUUCCGGGCGUUGUCCGGUAUCUGCGGAGCUGCCACCACUCCAUCUGCGUACCGCUUGAUUAUGGCAGUGUUUGAGCCGGAAGAGCUCCAUCUGGCUUUGACAUGUUUCAUCGUGACUGGCCCGAUCGCAGGGUUUGGUGCUGCUCUUGUCAUCCCCUUUGCCGUCUAUGCGCUUUUCGGUAUCCCAAAGGAUGCCGGCCUUGUUGAUCACAAAGAUUUGGACAACAAGGAGCGAUUCAAGCGUGUUGACCUCGUCGGCUGUCUCCUCAUGCUUUCGUCCAUCAUCCUUUUCGUACUCGGCCUGACUUUGGGCUCUUCAUUUGGCUGGAAGAAGGCGGGAUUCUUGGUUCCCUUCCUCUUGUCCUGGCCUCUUAUGGUGCUGUUCUUCCUUUGGGAAUCUCGCCUCCCAGAAGGGUAUGCUCUCAUCCCGCCCCGUUUCUGGAAAAUUCGAAACGCAACUUUGGUCAUCUGGAUCAGUAUCGGGAUCUAUCCUUUCUGGGCAGUCACACAACUUGCCCUGAUUGAACGCUCCCUUUCCGUCUUCGACGAACUCCCCAUCGUCGCCGCCGCCCGUGUUCUUCCCCAUGCCGUCUCCGGAGCAGCGAUUGCCCUGAUCCUCCCUUCCAUGCUCAAAAAGAUUACCAACCUGCGCUGGAUGAUUGUGGGAUGCCCAAUCGUCGCCGGCUUGAUGUACCUUCCUCUCAUCUACUUUGAAGGAGAGAUCUUCCACAAUGCUUAUUGGCGAUGGUGGUUCCCGGCCAUGUUUGUGGGUAGUUCAGUGGAUAUGGUUCUCUUCUUGUCGUGCAACAUUGUCAUCAUGACAAGCGCACCCCCAGACAUGAGUGGCGUAGCUGGUGCUCUUUUUCAAGUCUCGCUUCAGCUCGGUACAGUCAUAGGACUCUCGGUACAGGCUGGUUUACUCACCCUUCAUCCUGGGGGUAUGACGAACUUUACCAACGUGCAAGCGUCAUUCUGGUUCGUUCUGGGGUGGUUGUUGCUCAAUGCUUUGAUCUGUGCUGUAUUCUACAGAUAG